AUGGCACGGAGCUUUUCCCAGAACCUCGCUGCAAACCUCUACCAGCAGCUCAGUCUGCUCGGUGAGGCCCCCUCCGGCCCUAACGGUGCCGGUUCGCACCACGACGUCUCCCUCGCCUCCCAGCGGCACUCCCUCAUCACCACCCCCGUAUUCACUGCAGCCGCAGGCCUCUUCGUCGAUAAGCACUGCCCUGCCGCACUAAAUCAAUAUGGGCUUCUCGGGCGCGCAUUGGAGCUCGUUGACCCCGGGGAUGUGCGGAAGCGGUCGGGCGAUAUUACGGACCGCAGCAGCGACGACAGCGGCUACUAUGAUGGCGGGAGGAAGCCUGAGAAAAGGGGGGAUCCCAGGGUGUUUUUGAAUGGGAAUGCGCCAUGGUCCGCGUUUAUUUGUGGGCUGCAGGGGUCGGGGAAAAGUCAUACGUUGGCUUGUAUGCUUGAAAACAUGCUCGUCAAGUCCCCCAUCCUCGGGGCUCUACCCAAUCCCCUCACGGCAAUGGUCUUCCACUUCGAUAUCAACAACAGUGCCAACGCCCUCCGCCCUUGCGAAGCCGCCUAUCUGGCCACGCACAUGCCCGUGCGCAUCUUAGUUUCCUCCUCAAACUAUCCCCAGAUGUCGCGCCUCUACUCCGGCAUCGCCUCACAAAACCUUAUCGUCAAGCCGCUCAAGCUGAAGCAGUCCGACCUCAACAUCGAGCGCAUGCUCUCUCUCAUGUCGGUUGACAAGAACUCAGAUCAUCCGCCACUGUACAUGGAGUAUGUGCGCAAGAUCCUGCGCGAGCUGGCUACAGCAAGUAGCAUCUACGGUUCGGGGUUCGACUAUAAGCUGUUUCGAGAGAUGAUCCUGCAGGCGGAUCUGACGCCUAUGCAGAAGGGCCCGCUGACGCUGCGGUUAGAGAUCUUGGAGAGCUUUUUGGAGAUGCGGGAGGGCGUGGAGGAGGUGUGGGAUUUUACGCCCGGCGUGAUUACGAUUGUGGAUCUGAGUGAUCCUUUUGUGGAUGAGGCGAGUGCGUGUGCGUUGUUUGAUAUCUGUGUGGGCCUGUUUCUGGAGAAGGAUGUAAAGUAUGGGCGGGUGAUCGCUCUUGACGAAGCUCACAAGUACAUGACCGCCACCUCCCCCGCCCAAAAGCUCACCGACAACCUCCUCUCCGUAAUUCGGCAGCAACGCCAUCUCGCCACCCGCGUCCUCAUUUCCACCCAAGAGCCCACAAUCUCCCCCAAGCUCCUCGACCUCUGCAAUAUCAUCAUCGCGCACCGCUUCACCUCCCCCGAAUGGCUCGCCUUCAUGAAGCGCCAUCUCGCGGCCGUUGCCGUCGAGUCCGAUGCCAACGCCCUCUCCCUCCUCGCCCGCAUUGUGGCCCUCAACGAGGGUGAAGCAUACAUCUUUGCCCCCGCCGGCAUCAUCUCAACAAAUGACUUUGAGCAGGACCGCUACUUCGAGGAUCAACCUGACGAUGAAGACGACGAAGAUGACGAAGACUCUGAGGACGUUAGGAAGCUCGGGAUGGGAUACCUCAAGAUCAAAGUGCGAAAGCGACUCACGGAGGACGGCGGGAAGAGUAUCCUUGCAAACUCAACCCCCGUUACUGGCCCUGCACCAGUGGCAGGCACAAUCCCGCAAGACGUCAUCGACGCCAUGCUCGCCAGCAAGGUCAGCAGUCGUGGUGGGCGCGGUGGCCGUGGUGGGCGCGGCGGCGCAAGAGGCGGCGGCGGUGGAGACUCGUACGGGAGACUUAACGGGCGAGCGCCCGCGCCGCCUCCCCAGCAUCAACAACAACAAGCCCCACCCCCGCAGCGUCCAAACCCACCCAGAGCCGCAGCGCCACCGCAGCGCUCAAACGGGAACAGCAAUGGCAACGGCAAUGGCAACGGCAGCGGCGGUGUCCCGGUGAACGACCAGUGGGAGACGCCGCAAGCAGAGCAGUCAGGGAGUGGCUGGGACGCAUAUGAGGGCGUGCAGGUGGAGCCGCACCCGUCGAGAGGCCAGCAGCAGCAGAAACAUCCGCUGCCGCAGAGGCCGGCCCCGAGGGGGGGGAGGGGAAAAGCCCAGGCGCCGCCACAGCAGCAACAGAAUCAUAAUAGCUUGAAUGGGAAUGUGCCGGUGGGGGAUUCAUUGGAGUGGGAGUGA